GAAGCCCAGAAUGAAAUCCCAAGCUCCAAAAGAGGGCCGCUAUUGACAGUGGCAAGAGCUAUAUAACGUGGCAACAACCCUAAUUUGCAAAACCCUAGCUUCUGCCACUGCUUUCGUUGCAGCCGAGAGUGGUUUAGUGAGCUGCCUGCUCAAGAUUUCAGAUCCAUCCAACAAUGGCGACCGCAAGGAAUGUUAAGGACGUUUCUCCCCACGAGUUCGUUAAAGCUUACGCCGCUCACCUCAAGCGCUCCGGAAAGAUGGAGCUUCCCGAGUGGACCGAUAUCGUGAAAACCGGCGUAUUGAAAGAACUUGCACCGUAUGAUCCUGAUUGGUAUUACAUCAGGGCUGCUUCCAUGGCUAGGAAGAUAUACUUGAGGGGAGGUCUUGGCGUUGGGGCAUUCCGUAGGAUUUAUGGUGGAAGCAAGAGGAAUGGAAGCCGUCCGCCCCAUUUUGGCAAAAGCAGUGGAUCGGUUGCUCGUCACAUUCUGCAGCAGUUGCAGAACAUGAACAUUGUAGAGCUUGAUACAAGGGGAGGACGAAAGAUCACAUCUAGCGGCCAACGGGACCUCGACCAAGUUGCUGGAAGAAUUGUUGUCGUUGCUCCAUAGAUUCAUUGUUUAGCUGUGUUUUAGCUUUGUUGAGAACCUUCGUCGGCAGGAAUAUGGUUGAACAAUUUUUUGUUUGAAAAUGUUUUGACUAUUCUAAUUUUGGCUGUUGAUUUUCAAAGAGAUGUACUUGGAUCGUUUGAGUUUAAUCUUAAUAUAUCAUCUAGUUAGCGGUAA